ACUACCGCCGUAAAACAAAAUAUCUUAUAAUCGAUCGCUAUCACACUUUGCCACAGAAAGCUCCUUGCUCAAAUACUUUUUUCUGUACCUGCUAUAUCAACGACUUCAAUAGAACCACGUGUGCUGAAAAAUGAGAUGUGCAUGAUCCAACGGUACAACACAACUCACCAAACUCGGCUGGCGCAAAGCCGCAGCAGCCGCCUAAAGAAUCUCUAAUAGCCACAACCGCAUCCUCCCCUUAACACGUGUCUUUUCUUGUACCGUCCAAAUUUAUGGGCCAACUUCUCAUCAAACUCUCUUGAAAGCUCCACGUAUGUCCACUAUUAUCGAAAAAUAAACGGCCUAUAAUAACCCACGUGGAACACGAGAUAUCAUAUUAGUUCUCUAAUCCAACGGACCUCAACACCUCCUCCUUCUCUCCAUCUCUCUCUGUCUGUCCUGCAGUCUUCUUCUCCAAUUCGCCGGCGAUUUUCUUCGUUUACCAAUUUACCCUUAUCCCGCCCACCUAUCCCCUUUGCAUCCUCUAAAUCCCUGGUAAAAGCGAGAUCUAAUUAGGUUUUUUUUUUUUCUUGAAUUUUGAUUUUAAUGGCGGAUUCAGACAAUGAAUCAGGAGGGCACAACAACAACGCCAACAGUGAGCUAUCUGCCCGUGAACAGGACAGGUUCUUGCCCAUCGCUAACGUUAGCAGAAUAAUGAAGAAAGCUCUGCCGGCGAACGCUAAGAUCUCCAAAGAUGCCAAAGAGACGGUGCAGGAGUGCGUGUCUGAAUUCAUCAGCUUUAUUACCGGAGAGGCUUCCGACAAGUGCCAGCGCGAAAAGAGGAAGACGAUCAACGGCGACGAUCUGCUUUGGGCCAUGACCACGCUAGGGUUUGAGGAGUACGUGGAGCCCUUGAAGAUUUAUUUGCAGAAAUAUAGGGAGAUGGAAGGGGAGAAGAGCUCCAUGGGCAGGCAAGGAGAGAAGGAUGGUGCUGGUGGGUCAGGUGGAGGUGGUGCCGCUGCUGGCGGAGGUGGGUCUGGUGGAGGGGUGAGUUCAGGCGGUGCUGGGGGAGCAGGAGGGUUUAAUGGUGGUGGUCAAGGGAUGUAUGGAGGGAUGAUGAUGAUGGGGCAUCAUCAAGGGCACGUGUACGGCACCGGUGGGUAUCAUCAUCAGAUGGGUGUCGGGAAAGGUGGCUCCGGCAACUCAAGGGUUGAUCUUCGGUUCUUCAAUCUUGACCCAAGGAUUAAGAAAUGUAGAAAAAUAAAUUAACGAUGAGAAAAAGAGUUCCAGUUGGGACCUACCAAGCGCGCCACAGUACAAGCAAAGGACCAGUCAUUUUGACUAGGUGUGGGCUGGCGGAAGACUUUGUCAAAGGCCGAGAAGAAAAGUGAUUAAAAAAGUAAUUAAAAGAGAGUGGGUGUCGUUUUCAAUAGAUAAUGCUCUAUUUAAUCAA